AUGGCCUCGGAAUUUCCGGACUUCGACACCGCUCUGGUGCCUAUGCAGCUGGAGGCUUUUGUGCUUAACCCAGCCGUCUGCGGUACGGGCGAGGAAACAGACACGACUGCCCGUAUCUCGCCCAUCACGCAGCCCAACUACACUUUUUUGCGUCUUGAUAACUUCCUACUACAGAGCGAUGUGCAGAAUCACACGGACUUGCACAAUACCGCUCCGGCUUCAACCAAUUCACGCAUGACCGACCUGGGAGCCCUUGGUGAACCCAAGCCGCUACGCCAUCGCCACGGUGUUUAUAUCCACUGGACGCUGCCGCGUUUCUACCGCUCUGGCAUCUCUUCUAGUGAGUCGGUGUCCCCGGAACGCCGCCGGAAUGAUCGACUACGACGCGGGCUAGACGCCUUGUCUACUGGCGAGGGCGGUAACGACACACCUGACUUUUUGCAACCACCGACUCGAUGGAUUGUUCUUCGGAAGUUGGAAGUCGACAGCGUUCAGCCAGAAGAUGCUAGGAACGACUUUAAAGAUCGCGAGUACGAAGCCUGGGUGGUCGAGAGCGAUCACCUGUGGCUGCUAGAUGAUAUUCCGACGGAUAUGGACUUGCAGACCGAUCUGGCUCCGUUUGUGCUGGGGCACCAGGGCUCUGAUAUUAAAAUUGACGAGCAGGCGGAAGUAUUCAUCGGACGCAAAACUCCACUGGCAGAAUGGAGCGGCGAGGACGAGGGUAAAGAGCCGCCUGACAUCAGCUUGCUGCGAAGCGGCAAUCAGCUCUUUGCAGACUUCCAGAUGCACAACUCCAACGUCUUUAGUGUGCUGGAUAAUUUUCAAUAUGGCACCAAGGACGAUCCGAAAUACCUGAGCUACGCAAAAGCUAGCUACUACGUGCUGGGUUGGCACCGGAAGGAGGACGUUGAUCCUUUAUGGAACUCGGGCAAGAACUUUGCGCAUGGCGAAAGCCUAGAGGAGCUGUUUUUGACGAUGAAGGGCGUCGAUGACAGUGACAGCUGGAUGAGCAACACGGACCAGCUGCGCAUCCUUUGCCAUGGUGCCAUGUAUGACGUCACUUGGGAUCACGAAAACAAACCAAAAGACGUGCCGGCCGACAAGUUCAGUGCUCGCAUGAGCGACCCGGAGCUUGCAGCCGUGUCGAUCGGCACUACGCCCAUGGACGCCAUGAUCUCGUACUGCACUGCCCGUCAGGAGAACACAGAUGAUUCAACAAAUAUUGCAAAGUUGGAGGAAGAUAUUUUGGCCCUGGAAUCGCUGCUUCACGCUCGCGAUGACGGCGUAGAGGCCCAGCGCGAGGCAAAAGAUGCCAUCUACAACUGGUCUUUCUCGCGCUCGCCGGGAGGAUCUCGCUACUACUUUUCAGGCCAAGAUGGAGACGACAAGAAGCCGCUAGUGCCUGAGAAAGAGGCUAUUUCCAAACUGCGCCAACUAAACCAAACACAGAAACUGCUCGAUGCCGGCAACAUGGCGAUACUGCAUUAUCGCUGGGACAUGUUCUCCCUCUGGUGGAAGUACGUCAGUGAUGUUGGAAACAGCAGCAAUGAACAAGCACAAAGUGAUGAGUUCAAGGAGCAGGUGGACAACCUGUCGCAGCAAAUCAAGAGCAUACAGGACCGCAUCCAGCAGCUGCAGAAGAAAAUCGAAGAACUACUGCAGGAUACACUUCUAGCAACCGCCAAGCCGGCUAGCAUGCCAGUAUUCAACCGUGCAAAUGACCCCACUGUAUUAAUUGGAGGCAUUGAGUCGGGCUGGCCAUUGGACUACCUAGACAAGGUGUCGGUACGCGCGCCAUUCCAGGUCAUUGCACCUGAAAAUGGAUCCUCCGAUUUACCAAACACUCUAAAGGAUGUCCUUGAGCAACUCAAAAAGCUACCGGAAGUGUUUCAAGGACCAUCAAAGGAUUUGGUGACCGAAUUUUACCUCCUUCGACCUGGUGGCGGUAAUCCUGGUGAGCCUAAGGGCAAAUUCUACCCGCAGUUCCACGAUAAACUGACAACCGACGAGCGGUGGCGCGACCAAUGGGGAGAUCGACAACCAUGGUUUCCUUUGUAUGCAGAGUGGGAGGUCGAAUAUACGCAUAUUCCUUUUGAUUAUUGGAAACUGGACGAGCACACUGCCCGCCUUUCAGCCAACGAAUCCGUCCGCUACGGCAUCUCCGUGCCUCCAAAGGAUGGCCAAGAACAAUCACCGCCGCUAUGGGACGCCUUGAAGGAAAACAAAAAAGGACCAGAUACUCGCGUCCUAUCUGGACGAGUACUUAUUUUGCCUCAGCCCACUUUCUCUUUAGAGGCUAAGUUGGUUCAAUUGUUCCAGAAUACUCCGCCGGACAUCUUGGACAAAUACUUACCUGAAGCUGAUCGGCAAGAUCUGUUGAGUAACGUCAAGAAGCUAUCGUAUCUGUCGUCACCGCUAUAUGGGCUCACCAACGGGCUGGUGACACAGGCACAGGGUAGCCACAUUAAGCCUGAGAACAAGACGGUCGGAGCUGAUGGUACGAAGAGUUCGGCCAUUGAAGCGGCAGUGUUUGAGUCCGUCGGACUGACAAAGGAGAGUAUUGAAAUGAUUGACGGAAACUCAGCCUUGACGCCUUAUGCUGCACUGACAAAUUUUGAGGGUGACGAAUAUUGCCCAUUCAAACCAGCAACACACGGCCAGUUUAGGUACAUGUCCUUUCCAUUAUGGAUUAAAGACGAGACUGACCAUAACAGGUUCCGCAAAUUCAAUAUCAUUGACAAGUUCGGACAGGCCCUGAUGGCCAUUGAUCAGAAGCCGCGGAUAGAGGGACUACCGCCUCUUUACCCCUGCAUCAGUGACUAUUACGAGCCCCAGAAAAUCACAGUAGACGGACAAGACCAUGCCAACACCGUGAUAAAGGACGAAGCCAAACAAUGCGAAUUUCUGCAGCUGCCGCCACAGAUUAACCAGAACGCCCGCUUGAACGCGGAGUUUGUCAAGCGGAUCGCUGACGACAAAGAUACACAAGCUGGCGAUCAUUUGGCCAAAUGGCGACCUGCGACGGAGUGGGAGUCACCGAUCUGGGGCUGGAUGAUCACCAACUAUGCCGAUUAUGGCAUCCAACUGUUCUUGGCUGACGGCACAUUCUACCGUGAGGUACGCUUUGGUGGGCCGAAGAGUACGCUGGAUUCACCUGAGUGGCUACCAUUCGCACCCAGUCAAGAGGACCCGACGCCAGAGACACGACAACUGGAUGCACUGGCGGCUAAGCUGGCCGACAAGGACUACAUCCAAGGGUUUUGGAACAUGAUUACUACUGCGCAGGCAAAUCUAUCUGCAGCUCCAAGUGCAUAUGCACAGUUCCUCAACUCUGUUGUCGGCAAGCCGCUGGCACUGGUGAAUAUGGGUUGGUCACUUGAGCUUGAUGGACCGCCGCUCGAAAAUCAAAGCACAAAGAGCAAUGUGGAGAAACCAGAGUGUCGUCUAACGCACGAGGAUGAUGAAACACCUUUCUACGAAUUUCAAGUGCGGUUAGGCGACCGCGAUGCCGAGUACGACGGGUUGGUGGGCUACUUUGACACCAAAACUCCACAGUCGGACGAGCUCAAUCUCGACUACGUCAAGACCUUUUUCGUAUCGGAGAAGGAUACUUCUGCGCCGUUGGAAUCGCUAAACACGGAAAACUACCCCCGGUUUACGCCCUUCUGGGAGGAUCCGUUCCCAGCGCAGUCAAGCGACCCGGCAAAUUUCGAAGACAGGCGUAACGCUCGCUUUUCGGUCUUUGGCGCCAUCAUCGACCCAUUCACUCCUGUGCAUGCAUACUCAUCGAUACUGCCAUCUGUUGAGUUAUCUUUGCCACCUUGGACCUGGCAAAGCGCUAUGAACACCAUGACGGCCUUCUUCCACGCGGGACCGCUGUCGUUGCCGAUCAAUGACGUCCCGGAUUACGACUCCUCGCAAAUCCUGACUAGUAAGAAUGCCAGAGACAUGCCGAAACGCGACUUACCACUGCCGUCUCUUGGGCCUGGAGAUUGGAGCUGGUUCCAGCCUUAUGCUGAAGGAGAGGGUGUAACAGGGGAUGGAAAUGAUACGCCUCAACCUGUGUUCAAUCCGUUUGGUAUUCAGAAGAGAGGGAAUUUGACCAAGCCAGGGUUUCAAAAAGGACCCUACACCGCAUUGGAAGGGUUUUUGCAGCUGAGGAACCCGAUAAUGAUGCCAAGGGAUGAUAAAUGA